AUGUCAAAAGAAGAUGUUUCUGGUCGUUAUGCAUACAAGUGGCUAAUUUGUGACUCAACACCCCUAAUGGCCAUUUUCAUGACCUUGGCUCUGGUUGCGAGCACCGACAGCGCUGGACUUUCGACAGCUUUUUACUCCUCAUCUUGUCCAAAGCUCUUCUCCACCGUGAAACCUAUUGUCCAAUCCGCAAUCAAUAAGAAUCCCCGAAUGGGUGCCUGUCUUCUCCGCCUAUUCUUCCACGAUUGUUUUGUUAAUGGAUGUGAUGCAUCGUUGCUCCUGGACGAUGCGCCGAACUUUAUAGGAGAGAAAAAUGUGCCUCCGAACAAGAACUCUGCAUGUGGAUUCGAAGUCAUUGAUCAAAUCAAGUCCGCCGUCGAGAGAGUGUGCCCGGGCAGAGUCUCUUGUGCCGAUAUAGUUGCUAUUGCAGCAAGAGACACUGUUGGCAUUCUUGGAGGGCCAAAAUGGGAAGUCCAAUUGGGAAGAUUAGACGCGAGGGCUACAAACCCCAUCAUCGCCAACAUCAGCAUACCAACUUCAAAAGCUAGCCUAAACGAGCUCAUCUUGAGAUUUAGCGGCGCCGCCCUCAACCAGCGAGACCUGGUUGCUCUGUCAGGCGCUCACACACUAGGCCAAGCACAGUGUUACAACUUCAGGAAACGCAUAUACAACGAGGACAACAUCAACAAUGACUUUGCCGAACAAGGAAGAGCUAAAUGUCCGAAGACCCCUGGCUCCGGUGACGCCAUUUUGGCUUCCAUCGACGCUGAAACUCCGACUGUGUUCGACAACAGCUACUACAAGAACCUUGUCCAGAAGAAGGGGCCACUCCAUUCCGAUCAGCAGUUGUUCAGCGGAGGGCAAACAGAUUCACUAGUGAAAACUUACAGUGAAAGCCAGGAAAGCUUCUUCAUGGACUUUGUGAUUGCUAUGCUCAAGAUGGGGAGCAUAAACCCGCUGAUUGGUCCUCCAUUUGGCGAGGUCAGGGUGAUUUGCAGGAGAAUCAAUCCAUUGUUUUGACUCAAUCGAUCCUGCCACCUACACUUGAAAUUUAGGUUUUAAGACUCAAUUAAUUGUUUUGACUAUUUUAGGAGAGUUAGUUUCUUGUGGUAUGUUACUUUAUUUGAUAAAAUUUUGGUCGUUUGAUGGAGAUUUGCAAUAAAACCUUGUCCUU